AUGGAAUUCCUAGAAUUUGGAAACAUUGUAAACCAUUUGGCCCACUCCCCUCAUUUGAAGGUGCCCACGGUCGAGAAGGCUGUAGUCCUGGUGUUCUUGGGUUCGCAGCUGAGGCAGCUGGUCUCUGGGCAUGUGAUUGUAGGGUCCUGGGAAGUAUCUGAGGUCUCCUCGGUUGAAGUUGUUUUUUCAGCAAUGAUAUUUGAGACUAUUACAAAUCAAGAUCUGCCUGUGAUCAAGUGUGUUUUAAUCCAUCAUAAGAGCAAUGAUUCAUCAGUGGGGAUACCUUCAUCAUAUCCCACGGCAUCAGAAUCCCCGGAAGACCUUGGCUGUGCCUUGAGGCCUGAGAGUGCAGAGGCAGUCUACGAGGCGGCCAGGGUAGAAGUAGACGCAUCUGCAUCCAUCACACUGCAAGUGCUACUCACAACCCCGGGGAACAUUUCCUGUCUCUGGGUCUUUAAACACAGCUCCCUGAAUUGCCAGCCACACUUUGAUUUACAAAACAGAGGAGUUGUUUCCAUGUUCAUUUUGAAAAUGACAGAAACCCAAGCUGGAGAAUACCUGCUUUUUAUUCAGAGUGAAGCGACCAAUUACACGAUAUUGUUCACAGUGAGUAUAAGAAAUACACUGCUUUACACAUUGAGGAGACCAUACUUUAGAAAAAUGGAAAAUGAGGACGCCCUGGUCUGCAUAUCUGAGAGCAUUCCAGAACCAACUGUGGAAUGGGUGUUUCGUGAUUCACAGAGUGAAAGCUAUAAAGGAGAAAGUCCACCCAUUGUUACAAAGGAGCAAAGUGUACUUCAUGAGUUAUUUGGAACAGACAUAAGGUGCUGUGCAAGAAAUGAGCUGGGCAGGGAAUGUACCAAGCUGUUCACUAUAGAUCUAAACCAGACUCCUCGGAACACACUGCCACAAUUAUUUCUUAAAGUGGGGGAACCCUUGUGGCUCAGGUGCAAAGCUGUUCAUGUAAACCAUGGAUUUGGGCUCACCUGGGAGUUAGAAAAUCAAGCACUGGAGGAGGGCAACUACUUUGAGAUGAGUACCUAUUCCACAAACAGAACUAUGAUACGGAUUCUGUUUGCUUUUGUAUCAUCAGUGGGAAGAAACGACACUGGAUAUUACACUUGUUCCUCUUCCAAGCAUCCCAGUCAGUCAGCUUUGGUUACCAUCGUAGAAAAGGGAUUUAUACAUGCUUCCAAAACAAAUGAAGAGUAUGAAAUUGACCAGUAUGAAGAGUUCUGUUUUUCUGUCAGGUUUAAAGCAUACCCACAAAUCAGAUGUACGUGGAGCUUCUCUAGAAAAUCAUUUCCUUGUGAACAAAGUGGCCUUGAUGAUGGGUACAGCAUAUCUAAGUUUUGCAACCACAAACACCAGCCAGGAGAAUACACCUUCCAUGCAGAAAAUGACGAUGCCCAGUUCACAAAAAUGUUCACGCUAAAUAUAAGAAGGAAACCUCAAGUGCUGGCCAAGGCAUCAGCAAGUCAGGCCUCUUGUUCCUCAGAUGGAUAUCCAUUACCAUCUUGGACCUGGAAGAAGUGUUCAGACAAGUCUCCCAACUGCACAGAAGAAAUCACGGAAGGAAUUUGGAAUAGAAAGGCUAACAGAAAAGUAUUUGGACAGUGGAUAUCGAGCAGUACACUGAACAUGAGUGAGGCCAUCAAAGGGUCCCUGGUGAAGUGCUGUGCGUACAAUUCCCUGGGCACAUCUUGUGAAACAAUCCAUUUAGGCUCACCAGGACCCUUCCCUUUCUUCCAGGACAACAUCUCAUUCUAUGCCACCAUUGGGCUCUGUGUCCCCUUCAUUGCCGUUUUAACCAUGCUCAUUUGUCACAAGUACAAAAAGCAAUAUAGGUAUGAAAGCCAACUGCAGAUGGUACAGGUGACUGGUUCUUUGGAUAAUGAGUACUUCUACAUUGAUUUCAGAGAAUAUGAAUAUGAUCUCAAAUGGGAGUUUCCAAGAGAAAAUUUAGAAUUUGGGAAGGUGCUAGGAUCAGGUGCUUUUGGAAAAGUGAUGAACGCAACAGCUUAUGGAAUUAGUAAAACAGAAGUCUCCAUCCAGGUUGCUGUCAAAAUGCUGAAAGAGAAAGCAGACAGCUCUGAAAGGGAAGCUCUCAUGUCUGAACUCAAAAUGAUGACUCAGCUGGGGAACCACGAAAAUAUUGUGAAUCUGCUGGGGGCGUGCACACAGUCAGGGCCAGUUUACUUGAUUUUUGAAUAUUGUUGCUAUGGUGAUCUUCUCAACUAUCUAAGAAGUAAAAGAGAAAAAUUUCACAGAACAUGGACGGAAAUUUUCAAGGAACACAAUUUCAGUUUUUACCCCACUUUCCAGUCACAUCCAAAUUCCAGUAUGCCUGGUUCACAAGAAGUUCACAUACACCAGGACACAGACCAUAUCUCAGGGUUCAAUGGGAAUUCCUUUCAACCCAAAGAUGAAGUUGAAUAUGAAAACCAAAAAAGGUUGGAGGAAGAAGAGGACCUGAAUGUACUUACAUUUGAAGAUCUUCUUUGUUUUGCUUAUCAAGUUGCCAAAGGAAUGGAAUUUCUGGAAUUUAAGUCGUGUGUCCACAGAGAUCUGGCAGCCAGGAAUGUGCUGGUGACCCGUGGGAAAGUGGUGAAGAUAUGCGAUUUCGGAUUGGCUCGAGAUAUUAUGAGUGAUUCCAACUAUGUUAUCAGGGGCAACGCCCGCCUGCCUGUGAAGUGGAUGGCUCCUGAAAGCUUGUUUGAAGGGAUCUACACAAUUAAGAGUGAUGUCUGGUCAUACGGAAUAUUACUCUGGGAGAUAUUCUCGCUUGGUGUCAACCCUUACCCUGGCAUUCCAGUUGAUGCGAACUUCUAUAAACUCAUUCAGAGUGGAUUUAAAAUGGACCAGCCAUUUUAUGCUACAGAAGAAAUAUACUUUAUAAUGCAAUCCUGCUGGGCUUUCGACUCCAGGAAACGGCCAUCCUUCUCUAACCUGACUUCAUGUUUGGGAUGUCAGCUGGCAGACGCGGAGGAAGCGAUGUAUCAGAACAUGGACGACCAUGUUUCUAAACAUCCUUCCGGCUACCAAAACAGGCAACCUUACAGCAGAGAGACGGGCACAGGGCUGCCCUCUCCGCAGGAUCACGCUGAAGACUCGUAGAGAAACAAUUUAGUCUUAAGAACUCCUAUCCCCCUCACCUUCAACUGGUUAUCGAUUACCAAAACAAGAUUAACUUCAUCACUAAAAGAAAAUGUAUUCUCAGCUGCUGCUUUGCUGGACUUUUCUCUAGAAGCUCUCUAUAUCUGCUGUUGUUUUCAAAGGAACUUUUGUAAAAUUGAAUUUGCACAAGGCAGGAAGAGCUGAAAAUUAACUUCAUUGGAGCAUCUACCUACAUCCAAAGGCCUUCUCAGGCUGGCUUGAGUGAAAGUUGUGUACCUAAGUAUAGUAUAUUCUUGUAAAUACAUAAAACAAAAAAAUUUUGCUG